CCCUCACAGCAUUAGUGGGACAGUCACUACAAAGGCCAGUCCCAGGACAGCCGGUGCCUGCAUGGCAUGCAGACAAGGCAGUCAUGACAGUCUCAUACACCCUGAAAGUAGCCAAUGCUCGCUUUGGGGGCUUCUCCAAGCUGCUCUUCCGCUGGAAAGGGAGCAUCUAUAAACUGCUUUACAAGGAGUUCCUUGUCUUCAUCUUGCUGUAUGCAGCCCUGAGUGUCACCUACAGGCACCUUCUGAAUAAGGAACAGAAACAUCUCUUCUCAAAAGUGGCUCGGUACUGCAACAGCUCCACUGACCUAAUCCCCCUGUCUUUCGUCUUAGGUUUCUAUGUCACACUGAUUGUGAACCGCUGGUGGGCUCAGUACACCAGCAUCCCACUGCCGGACCAACUGAUGUGCGUCAUCUCUAGCAACGUGCAUGGCAAGGAUGACAAAGGCCGCAUUUUGCGGCGUACCCUCAUCCGUUAUGCCAACCUGUCAUCUGUACUCAUCCUGCGCUCGGUCAGCACCAGGGUGCUUAAGAGGUUCCCGACGAUGGAUCAUCUAGUAGAUGCUGGUUUCAUGACACAAGAGGAACGCAAGAAGUUUGAGAGCCUCCAUUCAGACUUCAACAAAUACUGGAUCCCCUGUGUGUGGUUCACCAAUUUAGCAGCCCAGGCACGACGGGAUGGGCGGAUCCGGGACGAUGUGGCACUCCGCCUGCUCAUGGACGAGCUGAACCUUUACCGCUCCAAAUGCAGCAUGCUUUUUCACUAUGACUGGAUCAGCAUCCCCCUGGUCUACACACAGGUAGUCACCAUUGCUGUCUACUCGUUCUUUGCCUUCUGUGUGGUUGGGCGUCAGUUCCUGGACCCACAAAAAGAUGAAGAUCUAGAUAUGUAUGUGCCUCUGCCCACCCUCCUGCAGUUCUUCUUUUAUGCUGGAUGGCUGAAGGUGGCAGAACAGAUCAUUAAUCCCUUUGGAGAGGAUGAUGAUGACUUUGAAACCAACAAACUAAUCGACAGGAACUUGCAGGUAUCACUGCUUUCAGUGGAUGACAUGUACCAAAAUUUACCUCCGACUGGCAAGGACAAAUACUGGAAUGAAUCUACAGCGCAACCCCCUUACACAAUGGCCACAGUGGCAGAGACAUUGAAACCCUCCUUCAUGGGAUCCACCUUUGACAUGCGGAUGAGCAAUGACCCAGAGCAGAGUCAGCAGGUAGACGCAUCACCCAACAUGCCUAGGAUCCAGACACCUCUGCUCAACCGCUUCCUCACUGCAGCAGCUUCCCCUGCAGUCAGCCUCAAGAAUUUCGGAAAGGGCAGCCGAAAUCAACAACUACUACGGGCAAGGGCAGAAGGCACCUUCCCCUCCUCCAGCCCCAGCUUCUACCGUAGGGAAGACCCAGAGGCAGUUGGUCGUAUCGAGGAAGAGGAAAUGGAGAAUGAAGAGACCUCACUUAGUGCAACCCCCACCUCUGACUCCCAUCUUGGAGUCCCCUACAAACCUAUAAACACAGGGAUACACAGAAGGGAACUACCCCAAAUUACAGUGGUGGAAGCCUCCGAAGACAGCAUAAGCAUCACUGACCAGCCCUCUGGCUAG